CUGAACCACGCGCAACACAAGUCAUACUCCAGAUUUCCCUCCGCUUCCUCCACCUCUCCCUUUCCUCUCAGAUACCCUCAUUGCUCGGAGGCCAGUGUUGCUCUGUCUUGUAGCCUUCCACGCUUGCUAUCUUCAUCUUAUUCCCAAUCCCCCGGGCACUUGUGUCAAAAAUAUCAGUGCUUUGAGAAGCCAGGGUUCUUGUCAGCAGAGUCUCAAUUGUAUAACGGACUGUCUGAGAAUCAAUUAGUGGUGCAAUUAGGGCCAGUCAGACUGGGCACUUGCAUCUUCAAACCCCAUUGUACAGAAAUUUUCUCUCCCGGUCAUUGAUUGAUUGCAUGGCACGUGGUCUUGAGAAGAACAGCGACAGUAUUGGGAACGUCAACCUGAACCUCAUCAGGCUUGUUUCUUCCUCUACCUUCUGAAUCAAACCCCGUGGCUGGUGUUCAACUUCUUCACCCUUCUUUGCGCACCACCUCUUUUUUUCAAAAACACAAAGCUCCUUGAGGCUCACCUUUGUCCUCUUCAAAAUGGCCCCAGCUGGACAAACCACUUAUCAGAAAGACGAGCGAGUGCUCUGUUUCCACCAUGAGAUUUUGUACGAGGCAAAGAUCCUCGACGUCAGACACGUCGACCCCGACGACCGCAAGAGCCCGUAUGAGUACCUAGUACAUUACAAGGGCUGGAAAAACACCUGGGAUGACUGGGUCCCGCAAGAUCGACUCCGUAAAUUUACCGAGGAGAACAGAGAACUUGCAACUACUCUUCGCCGUGAGGCUGAGGCUGCGUUCCGUCAGAAGAGCACCAAGGCCUCCGCAAAGAAAAGGGGAGGUUCCGAUCGUAGCUCCGCCCGGGGAAGCGAAGAACGCCAGCUGUCCGUUCCUGGCCGCGGAACCAAGAGAGCCAGGGACAACGAUAUUGAAAAGGAGGAUAGCUUUUAUGUACGACCAUCAGUGAGGAUUGUUAUGCCAGACAAUCUGAAGUCGCUUCUGGUCGAUGACUGGGAGAACGUGACGAAGAACCAGCAAGUCGUGGCUUUGCCGGCUAAGCGCUCGGUUAAUCAAAUCCUGGAAGACUAUUCUGAGGCAGAGAAGCCCAAGCGCACAAGCUCGGCUGAUCUGGAUGUUCUUGAGGAGGUCAUUAUGGGAAUCAAGGAGUACUUUGACAAAGCCCUUGAUAAGAUCCUCCUUUACAGAUUUGAACGCGAACAGUACCGAAACCUCCGCAAGAAGUGGGAAUCGGGAUCGGGAGACUUCGCCGACAAAGGUCCCUUGGAUAUCUAUGGUGCCGAGCACUUGACUCGUCUUUUCGCUACCAUGCCUGAACUCAUUGCGCAGACUAAUAUGGAUCUCCAAUCUACUAACAGACUCCGCGAGGAGCUUUCCAAGUUCACUCUCUGGUUGAGCAAACACUCUAGCCAGUACUUUGCUACUAGAUAUAUGACUGCCAGCAAUGAAUAUGUCGAAAAGUCUAAGGGUGUAGCAAACCCCAACCCUGGCACUGCUACCUCACGUUUGGUGUAAAUGGGUUUAAGGCUUCAGUACACAUUGACUGCUUUUCAC